AUGAUGGAUCCUUGCGAGGUGGAGAGGUUAGAGCACACGAGGCUCGUGCCUCAUACCUAUGUGGAGAAAACUGCUAUCUACAUUUAUGGGAAUGCUGAUGAUCAUACAAUUGGGAGACACAUGCGACAGCUGAAGCAUCUGGAACUUCGAUUCUCCCCAAUGAACGAUAAAGGUCUUUCCUUUCUUUGUAAAACUUGUUCGAAUCUAGAGUAUCUUGACUUGUUCGGGUGUAAAUACUUGACUAGCGUUGGUGUUACUAACAGUAUCUCACGUCUCACGUCUCAAGAAUUUGAAGGUUAUCAAGAAUCCAAGAUUUACAAAUUUGUAAUAAUAUAG